CAGCGACGUAUGUCGUGAUAAUUCCGUUCAAAUUGUAGCAGCAGAUGACGGCGGUGAUGGAGAUUGUAGAAAGCUUUUUGUCAGACCUUUUUAUUUACGUUGGAUAGUUCGAUAGUCGAAAAGUGUUUCAAAAAGGUGUUUUUGGAUACUUUUUUAUGUUGAUUUCAAAACUUUCAUGAAUAAGUUCAUCCACCACCGAGAAAAUAAUGUGAUCGUUAAUUGUUUAUGUAGUGACGUGAGUGAAGUGGAUCUUACAUUUUUUGAUGUUUCUAACUUAAAAUUUUGCAACAUGUGUAAUAAAAAUUUUAACCGAGUACAGUGUUGAACACAAAUAUGUACGAAAUUGGUUAAACCUAAAUGACUGUCCUAUAAGUAUUGCAAUACUAUGUACCCUCAAAAUAAAAAUGAAACGGUUACUAAAUCAAAAAUUCCUUGUAUGUAUGACCGUCCCUGUGAUCCAAAGGACAGUAAUUACGAAAAAGUAUUUUGCCCUAAUAACGAACUUUCGGAACCCCCCCGUGCGAGAAGUGAUAGACUGAAGACUGGUUCUUCCUGUCAAGCCCUAAAACAUGCCGUGGCUGCUCUCCACCCUUUGGACGAUUUCCACAAGGAAAAAAUCGGAGAAGGAUUUUUUUCCGAAGUUUUCAAGGUGACCCACCAAUCAACUGGCCAAGUCAUGGUUCUGAAGAUGAACAUGCGCCACUCCAACCGUCGAAACAUGCUCAAAGAGAUCCAGCUUAUGAACCGACUCUCACAUCCAAACAUCCUCCGUCUUAUGGGUGUCUGCGUUCACAAAGCGCAACUCCACGCCCUAACCGAGUACAUUGACGGCGGUUCGUUGUUUCAGCUUAUCCACGAUAGAACCGUGGAUAUAGCCCAGGAAGUUCGAAUAGUGAUAGCUAAAGAUAUAGCCAGUGGUAUGCAUUACUUGCAUUCGAAAGGUGUCAUACAUAGAGACUUAACCAGUAAGAACGUUCUCGUCAAACACCUCGACAGUGGCAAAAUCAGAGCCAUCGUCGGCGAUUUCGGUCUCUCCACUGACAUUCCCGAUCCUAAGGAGAAAACCAAAUUGCCCAUUGUCGGCUCCCCUUACUGGAUAUCGCCCGAGGGUCUGAACGGAAAAUAUUACGACGAGAGGAGCGACGUUUUCAGCUACGGCAUCGUCUUGUGCGAGCUCAUAGCUCGGGUCGAUGCUGAUCCCGACUAUUUGCCAAGAACCCAUAACUUCGGUUUGGAUUACCUCGCUUUUUCGGAACUCUGCGGUCCGAAUGUUGUACCUGAUUUUUUAACACUAGCCUUCAGGUGUUGUUCUGUUGAACCAAAAAGUCGUCCUACCUUCUGCGAGAACGUUCACGCGCUUGGCGAUAUUCUGAAGGACAUGAAACGUGCAGAAGACAAGAAGGCCAGAUUAGCGAAUUGUGCAGCAAAAAGCGAAGAACAGCUGCCGCUACUUUCCGUACAAUCUUGCGCACCACAACAUCGAAAAAUCACUCAUCGGCGGUCUUUAUCCGAGGACUCAUCGGUGCUGUUGUUGUCGAUGUUUCCGACACCUAGCGACAAAGCUCGUCGACAUGCUCUUCUCAUGUGUCGGCAAGAUCCUCACUACAAACCGAGCACUACCAAUCCCUUCGCCGCUCUCGUCCAAUUCCAGGGCGUGAAAAAGCUUCUCGGUAACUUUUCUUCCUGUUGCGAAAUGCCUUGUGCGAUCGUAGAAACGACUGAAACUCCGAAAUCCUUACCGGGCUCCCCUACCGCCUCUCGUAAAGCGAGUACGGUAAGGUCGCAGCUAUUCGUCCCCUUGUACAAAGGAGGGUCUAGUUCGAAUUUAUUAGAGUUUACGACUGAAUCAAAUGUCGGAUUAAGACGCAGGGGAUCGUGCGAAUCGGGUUUUUAUUCAAGCGUAGGUGAAUGCCUGUCGCCGAACAGCCUUUGGGGCGACAGCGGGACCGCCGUUAGUUCGCUAAGGUCCCUCGACGAAUUAGAACAUGCAGAGUUACAGGCAUUGUGUAAACGCGCAUCAUCAAUUUACACCGACAGCAGCGAAGAUAUAUCCAGCUUAACGAGCUCCGACUUUCCUAAUGACCUCAAACCUAAUAUAUCUAGUAUAGUAGACUAUUUCGAAAGGAAAGGAGCCACUUUGAGGCAUCCGGGCGGCGUUAGAGGUGGUCUUCAACUGAGUUCUAGGAUUGCUACAUUGAGGAGGUCUUUAGAAAAGCAAAAUAUGAGCAGUUUUAGUUCGGGGUCACAUCUGAUGCCGCAAAGGCCCAAAUGUUCUAGGUUGGUAAUUUGUGAGGGGGCGGUCAGGUCUAAAUUACCGCUCUUUGAUAAAAAGUAAACCAGGUUUUCGUUCUACUUUUGUAAAAUUUCUGUAAAUCUAGAACAAAAAUUUUAAUAAAAAUGUAUAAAAGACUGACAGAUGCCUCUAAAAAGGUUGGUAUUCCGCGACUUGAAUUUGCUAGCAAGUCUGUAAAUAAUUCAAUAUUUUUCAAUUAUUGCAAAAUACUUUGAUAUAGUAGUAGUAAAAAUAACAGUAAUCGUUUUAAUACAUAUUCUGUUUUAUAUUCUUGAUUACAAGUUCUGGCAAUAGUGAGUAACAGUUGUAAUACCAUCUGUUGUUCUGGUUAACCCGGUUUCCUCAUUCUGACCAAAUCUUACAUUUUUCUUUCUUGUAUGAGCCACUUCCUGUCCUCAGUGUCUUCCAUUCAGCAAUUGUUCUUCAAUAAAUGCACAUGUGCACUCCCAAUUUGCAAGUGUGCAUUCCCAAAGUAUUAAAUCACUUUUCCAUCUGCUGUCCACAAUAGCCUUUCAGAUGUUUCCCAGCUUCUUUCAAAAUAACCACUCAAGCAAACUUGUUUCGAGUUUUUCCAUCUCCGACUUUCUUGCGUUCUUCAAGGCUCUUAUUUCAUCAUCAGUUUUCGUUCUAGUCUUGAUGUUCUUUCUAUUUAUUAUAAUGAUCAGUAUUCAUCUACGGCACAUAUUUGUCUAUUUCACAAUAUAUUUUUUUGGAUUUGGAAAUUUAAGCCCCAAUUCCCCCUACGAAUUUUUAGAAAUCAUUCCCACAAUCCCAAAGUGAAAAUAAACCAAAGAAAAAUUGAAAAAAUUAAAAAGAAAAAAUAUGCCCAAGCCAGACAUCGAAUCUGAAUCUCCCUAUUUGUUUUUGUUCGAGAUAUUUUUGUGCCACCAUAGGACGUCCUAUUCUUUUUUUUUUUUCAACCUAAUAUUGAUUUUUGAAAUUUAACUAAAAACGUAUCUUCUGAUAUUUCCAAGUCAUACAAGGUUUGUCAACAACUUGGUCGCCUGCAAAAUUUAAGACCACCAGAGCUGCAAAGAGUGCCUUCUAGCUGGGAUACAAAUUGAAUAGCAGUUUUAGCCCAUUCCUAACCUUAAUGGACUGUGACUCUUUUUUACACAGGUAUCAAUAAUAAUUAAUAAUGGAUAUAAAUAAUUUUGUUCAUAGAUUAUUACUAUUAUUUUCACCAUACUAUUGAUCGCAAAGUAUAUACCAAUAUUUUGGAUUACUCUAUAAUCAGAAAUGCAUCUUUAUUUUUUUAAAUUAUUUUUCUUCUAGUCAGAUUGUAUCUAAAGUUUGGAGGCCUAAGUGAUGAUAAAUUUCAAAUUGUUUAUAUUUUGUACUAGAUUGUAUAUACUUUUGGCAGAAUUAAUCUUAUUAAUGCUGCUUAACUGAUGCAGACGAGCAGUAUAUCAUAAAAAUAGCAUUAAAAUGUUUGUUUCUUGAAGUAUUAGCAAAUAGAGUUUUCAAAACGCAAAAUAAAUUGUAUAUUUUCCAGAAAUGUCGAACAUCUUAGAGUUCCUAUAUAAGAACGGCAUUUUGGAAAUCAUAUUUAUUUUCGUUAAUUUGGCAACCAAAUUUGCUAAAGCUGACAUACCUACUUAUGUACAAAAUACUCCUUCAAACGCAUCAGUUUUUGUGAACUGUUCUGUAACUGGCCGCUAUAAAUGCUUAAUUUAGUUAUUUUUGAGAUUACAUUAUGAGUAUUCCGACUUAGUUUUAAAAAUAAAGUUUUUAGUGCAAUUUGGUGUAACUUUAUUUUUGUAGGAAAAAAAAAUGUUUUAUAAAUUUUGAUUAAAUGAAAGUUUGGAAUACUUAAUUUUAGGCCACGAAGUGGUUUGCUAUUUUUUCAAUUGUGUAUAUAGAUUGCGUUUAAAUUAAAAGAGACUUUUGUUUGAAAAUUUAAUUACUAAAAUAAUUAUUCUGAACUUUUAUGUGAUGGUAUUAAAAUGAAAAUAUCAAGACUGAUACUAUAAAGUUGGAUAAUUUGAAAUUAACUGUCCAUUAAUAUAAUCCAACUGAGGCUACACAUUUUUAGCAAAUAUUGUAAAUUUUAUUUUAAAAAUGUGUAAACUAAAAAGGUAUUUUAAUGAAUAAAAAAUGGAUAUCUGGUAUCGUGUGAAAUAAUAUGUCCAGGGCACUUCUUUUUAACAUGUUAUAUUAUUUUCUUCAAAAUGAUAAAUUAUUAUAGCUUUAUUAAAACCCUAUAAUUUCACCUGUAUAAAUUGUUUAUAUUAAGUAUUAAAAAACAUAUUUAUUAUUGGUUUUAGUAUUAUUAUGUAAGAUCAGACCAAGGUAACUUAAUUAUUUAUAUUGAUUGUGUAUUAUAAUUGAUCUACUUUGGCAAAACCGAACUCCGUCUAAUUCAGAAUGAUUGUACAUUCUUUUAAACCAGUCCAGUAUGAAAUUAGUGACUUGUAUAUCUAAAAUAAUAGUGAUCAAUCUUACCAAUAAUUUUAAUGACAAUCUCCACCUUUUUGAACCAUUUAUAUUCAUACCCGUAAUUUGAGCCACUUACCUUGUAAUUCACACAAAAUUGUGUGAUGUUGAAAAUGUUUUUACGAACUUUGGAAAUUAAUGAUUUUAAACAAAGUUGUUAUGAACAACAACUUGGAAAAUUAUUUGAAUAACGCAUAGAAUAUCGAAGACAUAAAGCCAUAAAAUUUAAACUAAUCUUUAAUAUAUACAAUAUUAUUUGAUUUAAAAAAAAAUUAAAUUGUUUGUAAUCGUCCCCAUGUUUUAUUUUGAAUGCACCCGAAGAUGGAAAAGUUUUCCGAAACAUUUGUAGUGCUGUGCUAAACAACAGAAAAUAAAAACGACCGAAUAAACCAAGGAAAUUUUUAUUUUUAUUAAUAUAAUAAGCACUAUCUUUGUUAAAACCAAGAUAAAGUCAAAUCAGUAGCUGAGAAAACAGUAUGGGCCAAUUUUUGAUGUUUUAAUCUUUCUGAUGCAUUCUAACACUUUUGUCUUUUGAGGUAAACCUCGAUCCAGUGGUCACCACUAUGACUUCAUUACCAUUAUUAUACUGUUUUUUAUAUGGCAUUUCAUAUUUCUAUUAUAAGUACAAUCUCUGCGAUAUUCUCUGCAUUAAUUAAAUAAUUUUUUAAUUUGUAUUCUGCAUUUUCCUCUUUAAGUUUGCUGUUCAUCAAGUUUCAUUUUAUUGUUUUUUUAGUUAUUACCACUUAACAACUUAAUGUUUAAAAUUAUUAAUAUUCAAAAGUUGGUGAAAACAAUUUUAAAAUUACCCACAUGUAAAUCUUUAAAGAUAGGAAACGUCAUUAUAAUAAAUGUCGAAUAGAGUUGGACGACAUUUAAUUAAUAAAAAAGACUGGAAAUGACACUAAAUAUGAGGUGAAGAAUGAGAUGAGUGUAAAAAAAUAAUUUUUCAAACAAAAUUUCAAAUGUUAAGAUAAACAUUGUUAAUGUAGGUUGAUGUUGGCUAAUAAUCUGGAUGAAAUAAACCAUUAACUUAAGCCAGGCCGAAAUCUCAUUGUUACCCUGUAUAUCAAAUAAUUUCCUAUUGGCAUUAAAAGAUGUCUACAAUGAAUGGAAAUAAAAAAGACUUUAAUACUUAGUACUCCGCAUUGAAGGUAUUUAAGAACUUUGGCUUGCAUUUGACAAUGCAGUUCAAUACAAAGGUACUCGUUCGAUGGUCGCUGCAAGCGGCUGAGACACUACCAUUUUAAUUAAAUACUUUUAUUAGAACAGUAGUGGGGUAAUGUCUGCAUUUUGUCUCGGCCGCUUGCAACUGCAGCAUGUCUCUGCAGCGACCAUCGAACGAGUACCUUAAAUAAAGGUUAAUAAAUAAAAUCAAGAACAUGCUGCUUUUAUCACAAAAACAAUCAACGAAGAAACUUUUGAACCAGGAUAGAAUUUAAUGAUUGGUUAGCAGCCAAGUUUUAUUAAAUGAAAUCACAAAAUUUGCCUUUUUUUAACUCGUGAAAAUUAUUAGUUCUUACUUGUUCUAAAACCAGUAUUAGCCGCCACAAAUAUUGUAAUGAAAAUAUUACUACUUCAAUCUCCAUAUACUGACAACUUUUUGCCACUGACUUGAAAAAUAAAUGUGCCAAUUUAUCAGUUUUACAAAUUUUAUUAAUGACAAUUCUGUAUAUUAGAAAACUUCAGAUGAACUAAGUAUUUUUUUUUUUUUCGAGAUUGAUAAUUACGGCACUUUGGAAUAUUGUUUAUUUCCCAAUAUUGACAUUCAAAUUUUUUUGGAAUUUUCUUUAUAACCGUGAUAUUUCUCCAAUCACCAUGUUUUCUAUGUCUUGAAUAGGCUACUAAUGUAUUAAUAUCAGUGGGUUAAAUAGUGCAUUUACAUUUAUGUGUGUAUUUGCUUAAAUUUGUAUGGUAUUAAACAUACCAUGCUAUUAUAACACUUUAGUUGCACCAUUAUAUUGUACUAUUGUAUCCAAAUACGAUGGUUGUUUUUCUCAGGAACUAAAAAAAAAUAUCGUAUGUAACGCUUCUUUUUUCGUAUUCGUCGUGUUACAAUCUUCACGCCGCAUGCGAAAAACUCUUACUGUUUGCAGAACUUCCCUUAUAAAUGUAUUUAAAUCAAGCGGAUGUAUUUUAUGGGAGACAUUCAGUUUAUGUAUUCAAGAAUCCCAGUAUGUAAACUUGCAACCAAGUUACUUUUCUAAUGAGUAUUAUUAUCUUUAAAUAUGUCCCAACCACCUAAUUUUUUCCUAGUAACUUUUUCAUCCGCAAGACGUGUUAUUUGGCUAUACUCAUGAUUCAGUAUAAUCAGGCCCUAUUCAGGUUGAAACAUGUACAUUUAUUUAAAUUCUAAUUCUGGUAUGAUAAAUCACUAUUAUUUUUUAAAUGGAUUUGGCAUCUUAAAUUUAGAGAGAGAAAAUGGUUCUUGUGAUGGAAAACGUUUUAAUUGUUAUUGUUGAAUAUUUGCGUUGGAUUUAAAUUGCAUGUUGUAUAUAAAGUUCUCAAACUUAAAAAAAAAUACGCCCAAUUGUAUUCAAUAAAUUUGAUAAUGCACACUGUGUCAUACUGAGGAAUGCUCAAUACAUUUACUAAAAAACUCGAUAUGUAUGUGAUUACCAAAUUAAAUUUUAUUAAACAAAAUGGCACUAGUUAAGUGAAAGUCCUAUGAUACCCGAUAGAGAUAUACAACUUUGAAUUAUUAUUUUUGAAUCAAGCAAAAAUUUUUGAGGAAUAACGUUUUCUACUAAAGUUAAAAAUAAAAAAGUUUCUUUUUCCGUCCAUAUGGGGACGUCUAUGUUAUUUUAGGAUGUACAUUAUAAUUUUCAGGUGAAGUGAAAUUCUGCAUUAUUUUUUGCUAUACAACUAUGCAGCUACACUCUACACAAAUAUAUUGUUUGGACUACAUUCUUUAUUUUUUAAGAUUCCCAAGUAUCUCCAGUAAAAUAACAUUUAAAAUUUUAUUUUAUUCGGAUUUUAUUAUGCUAAUAGAAAAUGCUGUUUUAAGUAUUUUCUCACAAUUUAAUUUUAUUUAGUCUAAUUGAGAUUAUUAUACUGUACCUCUCUACACUCAACGUGGAGCUAUUAAAAAAAAGUAAUUGCUGCUAGUCUUUUUUCUCUAAUCUACUUACAAUAAAAAGUAAAACAUAAACGCUGCAAAAAUGAGUUAUUUUGGUCACUUAAAAGUAAUAGUGGCGUUUCAUCAAUUUUUUUAAAUGUUCUAGAAGCCAAAUAAUUUUUAUUUCAACAUCAAAUAUAAGUUUUAUAACAAUAGUGCAUCACUGCACUUUCAUCUUAAAUGUUGGUAGCUGAGAAGACAUUUUGAAAAUAUGCGAUUGUAAUCAUGUGAUAUUUUUAUUAAAGUAUUAUACGUGUGAAUUUCUAAAUACCAAGCCCCAAGUCUAGAUAUUGUAUAUGUGGGUAAUCUAUUAGUUCGUUUUUUGAAAAGAACUGGAGAUUUUGUGGUAUGGUAUUUUGACUACUUAAUUGUUGGAAGCUAUUAAGUGUUUAGUUGCAGAAAAAUAUUGAUAAAACUUCAUUAUCACAAGGGAAAAUAACGGCAUUAUAAACAGUUUUACUAAUUAAUUUUUUGUAAAUGAACAGGAAUCCGUACUCUAUAUUUUUAUAUAAGUGAUUACCGUCCAACAUCAAUGUAUUAUACAAUCAUUAACAAAAUGUUUUAUUUUAAAUUAUUCGUUGGAACUCGUAUUAUUAAUAAUAUUUGUA